AUUCAGUGAUGGAGAUGUGGUGCUCCCUACUGCUGCUAUUUAGAGGUGCCAUGCUCAUACACUCUGAACCCCUGAUUGGAUUAACAUUGAGCUCCCCAAAUUCUGAAGCCAUUAAAAAGGCAAUAGACAUCUACAAUGCAAGACGCAACACCAGCUUCCUCUUCAGUCUUCUCACAACUGACCCGCAGUAUCAACAGUUUGGUGUCCCUGAUGGAAUUAAAUUGCACUUUAUGAUAAAAGAGACUAAUUGCCAGAAUACUAAACAACAAAGUCUUGAACAAUGUGCCUAUAAAGAGAAUGGGGUGGUAAAAAACUGCACAUUAACCUCCAGAAAAAGAGAUAUUAAAGUCUCCUGCAACACAUUAACUUCUCUGAACCCCCCUUUAAAAGAAAAUCAAUUAGAAAACAAAGUAAAGGAAAACAACAUAAGCGCCCCCCAGCAGGAGGCACCCAGAGAUCUCAUCAUUCAAGUGAGAACAAAUGUUUCCAGCAACAGAAUUCGCCAAAAAUCAACCAAAGUCCAUAUGAAUUCUAUGUCGUGCUUGUCCUGCAUCUUUGGGAUGACUGGAAAUGCAGGAAAAUGA